AUGUCCGCACCCAACCCCAAAGCCUUCCCCCUCGCCGAUUCAGCAUUGACCAGCACUAUCCUGGACCUCGUCCAGCAGGCUUCCCACUACAAGCAGUUGAAGAAGGGUGCUAACGAGGCUACCAAGACUCUCAACAGAGGUAUCUCUGAGUUCAUUAUCAUGGCCGCUGAUGCCGAACCCCUCGAGAUUCUUUUGCACCUUCCCCUUCUCUGCGAAGAUAAGAACGUCCCCUACGUCUUCGUUCCCUCCAAGACCGCUCUUGGUCGUGCCUGCGGUGUCUCCCGCUCCGUCAUCUCUGCCUCCGUUACCACCAACGAGGCUUCUGAUCUUAAGCCCCAGAUCUUGUCCAUCAAGAACCAGAUCGAGAAGUUGCUCAUCUAA